UCCUACAUUUUAAUGUGGGUCUGGCUCGUCAGGCUAGGAUUCCAGGGGAAGAGAAGAAUCUCAUGGAUGUCAAUUUGGCAAAGCAACUCAGGGGUGAGCCCAUCUCCUUUCUCGGUUCAGGCCUUAGAUGGUCGGCCUCUAGGUUCAGGGGAUGCCGUGUCGUCCAUUAUCCCUUACAUAAACAAUGGCUGAUGAUGAUGAUGAAAUCAGUGUCAUCAUUACACAACAGAGAACAAAACAUAGUUUUUAAUAUGAGGAAGUUCAGCCUUAUUUUUUGCUCUGUGCCAUCUCUUUAUACUUUAUAAAGGUAUUGAAUAAAAAGACAAAAAAACAUAUCACAGCAUGAAUUGUAUUGUAUCAAUUCCUCCAAAGAUGUAAAUGGAAGCGUCAGCGUUAAAUUCUGUCAGGAAGACUCAAUGCUACGUCACUCAUUCAUUCAUUACUCCUAACCAAUCAGCGGCGUACAACCGUCUUUAAAACUUCUUCACUCACGUACCUGUUUGCUGUCUCCAGGUAUCGGCUUUCGAUAGUCAGUCGUAUUCCGCUUCACAGCUCACUAUGUCCUCCUACAACUUGCUCGACUUUCAAGUAUCUGACUCCGACGAUGAUGACCCUGUUCCACCCGCCAAUGUGCGCCGGAGCUCUCGCGUCCUCGCACGGGACUCCCCAUGGUUAAACCAUCCGUCUGAGCAGAUUCUGGAGCUACUGGAGAAACAAGGGAUCCUCGUCAAAAGCGGGACUCCGAGAGAAGACCUGCUCUCUAUGGCCCUGAGUAUUCUGGGUACUCCCUCCAUAUCCGACCAGGAGGAUAUCGCUUCCCCGGAGGCCCCAGCUCAGCCGAAAAAGGCAAGCCGAAAGCGCCCGGCUAAGCCUCCUCCAUCUCAGCCAGGAAAAAGGGUGUACAAAGCUCCGACGCGCUCCCAGCCUUCGGCCUCCCAAAUCCAAACUUCGCCGGUGUCCGAUCAAUCCAUCGUGGAAGCUAUCCUGUCUCUCACAUCGACAGUGAAAGGCCUCGAAGCAAGAAUGGAAGCCUUCGAGAGACCAUCAACUUCCACACCGGCAGCCUCUCUCAACAUCUCAGCGUUUUCCCACGCGCCGCUCCCCUCCACUUCCUCCUUCUUGCCAGCGGCGUUUCGCCCUCCCGCUCACUCCGCGGGCGCACCGCUUACAAAAGCCUCCGCCCUAGCAGGUCUACAUACCUUCAACCUCGCUUCAGCACUCCCAGCUCAAGAUCCGGGAGUUCAGGCGGCGAUGCCCAACAGCCAACCCGGAGCCGACACCAUGCCCAGCGUUCACAGACCUAAUUCUGGACUGAACGUCGAUUUGGAUUCUCUCCUAGCGUCAGCUAGAGUUUACAUGGAAAAAGGGGAUCUGGCUUUCUCAGCCAUCCUCUUCUCCUCCCACUUCUAUAACGUAUUUCUGAAACAUUCUAAAACGGACACCUCAGGUUCUGGUGUCAGUUUAAGAGUUUCUAAAUGGUCGGUAGCUGCGGGCUCUCAACCUCCCAAUAUACCGGCCACUCCUUUCGCAUCGGCGCUGCAACGUCAGCAGCCGCUCUAG